GACAACACAACCUUCAAUUGACACAUAAGUGCUGUUUGCACUAAGGAAGCAGUUAACAAAAAAGAUAAGACGGAGGUGUGAAAGAGAUCAUUUAAUGUGAAAGGUUUAUUCUGUAUUCAUGUAAGACUUGGUUGGUAUGAACUUGCUAGAAUGGCUCUUUCCAAUGUUACAUACUUUUCUUCAGAAAACAGCAUUCCUCCUACAGAUUAUUAUGAUACCACUGGUGAUUUUGUUUAUCUCUGUGACAAAGAUGACGUAAACAGGUUUGGUGCAAAGUUUAUACCAGCUGUUUAUUAUGUGAUUUUCAUGCUGAGUUUCCUUGGCAAUGGAUUGGUCUUGCAUAUUAUUUUUAAAUACGAGACUCUGAACACUACCACCAACAUAUUCAUCCUGAACUUGGUCAUUUCUGAUUUGGUAUUUGCCUUCUCCUUGCCAUUUUUGGCCUCAUAUCAUUCAUCUGAGUGGAUCUUUGGCAGAGGAAUGUGUAAGCUGAUAGGCAGCAUCUAUUUUAUUGGAUUCUACAGCUCCAUUCUGUUUCUUACCCUGAUGACAUUUGACAGGUAUCUAGCUGUAGUCUAUGCUGUGACUGCUGCAAAGAAGAGACGUAUUUUGUAUGCUUUUGUUUCCAGUCUAGUAACUUGGUCUAUCAGUAUUUUAGCAUCCAUAAAGGAAUUCAUAUUCUAUGAUGUCAGAGAAGACAAAAAAUUGGGAACAUUGUGUGAAGAAACUGGGUACUCUGCUGAGGUCAUGAACAAAUGGAAAAUGGUGGGUUAUUAUCAACAAUUUGUUUUGUUUUUCUUGUUCCCCUUGAUUGUUGUAACCUACUGCUACAGCAGAAUUAUCCACACAAUUUUUAAAACCAAAAUAAAGGAGAAGGCCCGGGCAGUAAAACUCAUCUUCAUCAUUGUAGUCACUUUCUUCCUCUGCUGGACACCAUAUAAUAUAGUUGUUUUCCUCAAAAGCCAAGAAGACAGGUCCUCCUGUAGUGAUGGUCUUGACUAUGCUUUAUAUGUCACACGUAAUAUAGCUUAUUUGUAUUGUUGUGUUUGUCCAGUGUUUUAUACAUUUCUGGGCAAAAAAUUCCAGAAUCAUUUGGCUAAAGUAGGUGGCAAAUGGGUCCCUUUAUUGAGAAUUCAGUCAAUAACUAGUCAGAGUGGAAAAAUUACAGAUCAAAGAAGUCCUCAAACUAUGUGUGAGUAAGAUCACUUGAGUAUUAACUUUUCAUUGCAGGACUAAUUACACACAAAGUGCAAAAAUGUAACAAAAUAAUAAGGAUUUGAUUGAUUGCAUACAAAAUGUAAUAAAUGACAUAAACCUCAGUAGGUUUGAAGAGAUACUGCAAUGGUUAAAAAACAAUCUGAGUUAUUUUAGGGUAAAAUAAUUUGCAAGUAAUAUUUUAUACAGUAUAUACAUACUUAAAUACACACACACAUAUAUUUACACAGAUAGAUAGAUAGAUAGAUAGAUAGAUAGAUAGAUAGAUAGAUAGAUAGAUAGAUAGAUAGAUAGAUAGAUAGAUAGAUAUGUACAUGUACUAUUUGCCUGAUCAUAUUAUUCUCUAAUUUUUAUUAGAAUGCUUGUUAUAUGAUGCAUUGAAGGCACUGCACUCAUACUGCUUCGGUUUUAUUAGUGAGAAAGAAUACUGAUAAUCAUUAUUGAAGAGCUGCAUUGAUUUAAAAUAGUUUACUAGGACAAGUUUUUAAUUAAAACUUUAUUUAAUGUUUGAUUAGUAAUUCUUAAUAAAUCUAUGAAUGAUGCUUCAAUGCUAUUUCUUUCAUGUUCUGUUCUGCCAUUACUAUUAUUGCUUAGGCGUGUAAAGUUUCUUUUAUUUUAGUUUAUAUUUUUAGAAAAUGUUUUCUUUAUACU